AUGGAGGUACCCCCCACCAUCCAUGUCCCUCUUCCUCCAACUUCGUAUCCCGCUUUCGAUGCUGCAAUCUUCACAGAUAUCGGUGGACGCAAGCACCAAGAAGACAGAUUCACUCUGUGUCCACAGCUCGUUCCAGGACGAGAGGACUGUGCCUUCUUCGGCGUUUUCGAUGGCACUGUCGGGGACUUCGCGAGCGAAAAUGUCAAAGAUCUUGUUGUUCCACAGUUGAUUUCCUCGCCCGCGUGGCAGCAGGUCACCGAGCUGCUUCAGUCAGGCCUCCCCGCGGCUGAGGUGGACGAGAAGCUGCCUCAGCUGCUUGAUCAGGCAGUCGACUACAUGUACAAGAACGCUGACAACGAACUCGUGAAGAUGUGUGAGCAGCUGAACAAAGACUACGCGAGCAGCACUUCCGUCACAGCAGUUUUGGCCAAAGGCUUCGUAGCUGUCGGCCAUCUGGGCGACAGUCGCAUCGCCAUGGGAGUCGAGACGCCGAACGGAUUGAACUGCGAGUUCUUGACUGUCGAUCACAAACCGGAUAUGCCGCAGGAGAAACUGCGAAUCAUGCGCAAUGGAGGAAGCGUUGAGUAUCUCCACAACCACAACAACAAACCCUUCAUUCGGGGCGGCGACUUCUCGUUCCGGAAGUCGCGCGGAGAACAGCCGAUGCAGCUUCAAUACUCGCGAGCUUUCGGCGGAAAAGACCUGAAGAUGUACGGUUUGAGCAACCAACCGGAUGUGCGCGUUGUCCGUAUCACACCUCAACACCGCGUGAUGAUUCUUGCGACUGACGGCUUGUGGGACGUCAUGUCAGCGGCACAAGCUGUCGAGAUUGCUAUGCAAGCACGCCAGGAAGGGAGGAACCCAGCGCAGGCGCUGGUGGAGAUGACCCUCGCGGAGCAGCAGGGCCGAAACCAAAGCGCGGACAACAUUACUGCAAUGACAGUGUUCUUCAAGAAGACUGAGUAG